CCACUGCCGUGAAAGGACGUCCGUGACGGUCAAAGACUAAUUCCUUUUUGUUAAAAAAAAAACCCCGAAGUGCCUAAGGACGUUCGUUAGUGGAUAUUUUUUAAUCGUAAUUUUGGUGUUUUUUCCUUUGUGGUAGAACCGAGUGUUUUGUAAUCGAGCGAGUUUGUGCAUUCUAGUAUAAAAAGUAGAAUAAACAUAAUUGUGAUAAUUAAAUUUAAAUAAAAAAAACAUAAUUCAAAAAUUCAUAUCAAUAGUUGACAAAAAACUUUAUCAACAUAUGUCAAAAUCGUAAAAAUUUCAAUCAACAGAAAUAUUCUGUCAAAAGUAAUAGAAUCAAGGGAAGUAUACAGUGUGACCAUAGAGGAGCGAUUAUCGUCAGUGAUGGUUAUGGCCAGUGGAGGCGGUGGUGGGCUGGUGCAGUCCCCACCAGACAUGAUGCAUCACCACAACAUCAUGGACACCUCUUCACACGUCGAGAUGAUGCCGAAGAAGCUCCGGCUAUCCCUAUGCGUGGGGUGCGGAGGUCAGAUCCACGACCAGUACAUCCUGAGGGUAGCCCCAGACCUGGAGUGGCACGCUGCCUGCCUCAAGUGCCAGGAGUGCCGGCAGUUCCUCGACGAAUCCUGCACCUGCUUCGUGAGAGACGGGAAGACUUACUGCAAGAGGGAUUAUACUAGGUUAUUCGGAACGAAAUGCGACAAGUGCGGCGCGUCGUUCAGUAAGAACGACUUCGUGAUGCGCGCCAAGACGAAGAUCUACCACAUCGACUGCUUCCGGUGCUGCGCUUGCGCAAGACAACUUAUACCUGGAGAUGAAUUCGCGUUAAGAGAAGGUGGGGCGUUAUAUUGUAGAGAAGAUCAUGAUGUUUUAGAAAAAAGCACCACAGCGAGCACGGGAGGCAGCAACGCGGAGAGUAACAACAACACAACACUCAGCAACAACAACUCACACCAUCCCCAUGAACUGGGGUCCAUGUCUGACUCGGGCAGCGAGUCCGGCUCUCACAAGAGCGGCCGCGCGCGCACCGCCGCGGCCGCCGACGGCAAGCCCACGCGCGUGCGCACCGUGCUCAACGAGAAACAACUGCACACACUCAGGACCUGCUACGCAGCUAAUCCCCGCCCAGACGCUCUCAUGAAAGAACAACUGGUAGAGAUGACAGGACUCAGUCCCAGGGUGAUCAGGGUGUGGUUCCAGAACAAACGCUGCAAGGACAAGAAGAAGACUAUCCAGCUCAAGAUGCAGAUGCAGCAGGAGAAGGUGGAAGGCCGUCGGCUGGGGUACAUGUCAAUGGGGGUACCCCUCGUAGCAGGGUCGCCGGUGCGGCACGAGCCGUCCGGGCCGCUGCCGCUGGAGGUGACGGCGUACCAGCCGCCGUGGAAGGCGCUCUCGGACUUCGCCCUCCACGCCGACCUCGACCGCGCGCCGCACCACAGCGCCGCCUUCCAACAGCUCGUUAAUCAGAUGCACGGCUAUGACGUGCCGUCCCUCCCGCCGCCGCGCCCCCCGCACGGGGGAGAGGACAACUAUGUCACCUACCUCGAGAGUGAUGAGAGUCUGCCGCCGUCGCCCUAGUGUCGCCUCACCUAAUGCCUACGGACUUUUCAUGUAGUCGCUUUGACAAUUUGCCGACUUGACUUGCAGAUGGUUUUUUUGGGACGAACUCUAAAAUUGUGUGGAGGAGCAGAGAUAUUGGUGAAGUAAUCAGUGUUGGAUUAGUUCGUACGACUCUGUUGGAUAGCCGAUAGUCUUACACACUGUGCUGUUAGAUUUACUCACAGGUACCAUAAAAAUGAGAUUUUUUUAAAUUAACUUGAGACGAUGCUUUCGAGGGACUAAUUUCGUGACGGAGGUACCCUGGUAUAGUACUCCAGUUGCAUUUUGUAACAGUCCAAAUAGCAUCGUCAUAAAAACAAUGUCAUUACGUCAUUGAUGGUACCUUGUACUAUAAUAAAAAGUGAUUUUUGCCUAUUAGAGAAACAAUGUGUAAGAUUGUGGAUCUCUAAAGAACUUACUCGAAAAUUCUUUAGUGUAUGUAAUUUUCUUAGGCGAUUUGAGAUUUGUAUUUAUUUAAAAUUAAAAGAAUCUACAGGAAAUUAAAAAAUAAUUGUGAAAAUGCUAGGGAAAGAAUAAGUAGGUAAAAUUAUUAAUCUUUAUGUGAUGUUUACCAUUAGUUUAUAUUAUAUUAUUAUUUUGGGUAUAUUUUACGUUGUAUUAGAUCUGUUAGCUUAUUGUAUAUAGAUUUUGUGUAAAUAAAACUGUAUAAAUCUAAAUAUAUAAAUAAAUAAGUGCUAAUUAAUCCUUAAGCGUAUUUUAAAACAUAGAAUAAUAAGGCCUGUAAAAUAAUAUGCAUGUAUGUUUAAACUAAAAAACAAAUCAUUUCACAAAAUAACUGUUAAUAUUAACUGAAAUACAGUGUUAAAUAUUGAAAAUAAAUGUUUUUUUUUACGUUUAUAUUUGAAAUCUAACAUGCGAAUAAUAGAGAAAUGUAACUUUUUCUAAUAAUUAUAAAAAGGAAUGUACUUACCUAAUCUUUGAUAGAGAUUAUCCAAUUUUUAAUUUAUUUGGUAGUUUAAAC